GAUAUUAUUAUUGUAGCCGCAACAGUCGCAACAGGUGCCUGUCGCAGAGCAGUCGCAGCAUUACUCGCGCGACACGUCGCACAGAGACACACACACACACACCGGUUCUGCGUAAGACGACGACGACGACGACGACUACUACGAUAGUACGCGCGCUCAAAAAUUAUAUUUUACGAUAUCGUAUUGCUGUGGUCCCAUACUGCAGCAGACGAUAGGUACAACGCUGAUAAAUAUAUAAUUAAUAAUAAGUGAUAUUGCAUACAAGCCGCGUAAUAUCGCGUGCGAUCGUCGAUCGUGUACGCCGAACACUGUGUGUGUGGACACCGUUGCACAGCGACCGGAAGAGUGUUGAGAGUGUGCGUUUGACUAUUGUUGGGUAUCCGGCGAAUACAAGGGUGGUUUUGUAAGUCGCGAGUGCGCCGACCGCGUAUAGCCCCCGAAACCAGAUCGUGCCGUGCACCUGUACCUUUGAGACAGUAUUAUUGGCAGCCAUUGACAUCUCUCGCGUCGAAAACAUGAUCGAUUCCACUUCGGCAGACUGUUGCGUUUUUGCCAAGGAGUCCAUGACCGUGGAAGGGUACAUGACGUCCCCGCCAACGGUUCACCAGAGGACCAACAGCCAGAUAAAGGACCACAAAGAAUUUUUAAAGAAAUCAAAAGAUUCGUUGUUGUCGAGGAGCGUAAAGGAGUUAUCAUUACUGCAAUUUCAUGAAGUUGAACCACAUUUACAAUCUAAUCCAUACAUUACAUCCGGCUAUAGAGCGAGUCUAUCGACAAAAAUGUGUAUAGAGAGCGCUUUUUGGCUGACGAAUGAAACCAUAAACAUUUGGUCACAUGUAUUUGGUUGGAUGCUGUUUUUUGGUUUAACAAUUUAUGACUUGUUACUGUUAAAUAUUCACGCUUCGCCUUUCGAUAAGCUUGUCGUGGGUCUACUACUCGGAUGUUUCCAGAUUAGCAUGGCAUCAUCGACUAUGUACCACACGUUUUCGUGCAAAUCUGAGAAACAUUUCAACUGUUUUUUAUCUUUUGACUUAUUCGGCAUAGCGUUAAGCUUGCUGGGCAUCUACUUAUCAGGAAUUUAUUACGCUUUUUGGUGUCAUCCCGUACAUCGAAUGUUUUACUUAUCCACUGUGUUCUUUAUAUUUGUAACUGUCAUGGGAUUGCAAUUACCAAAGCUGAAAGCAAGUGACAAUUUGAAAAUGAUCUCGUUUGUGUGUUGGGCAGCAUACGGAGUGAUACCGACGUGUCACUGGGUUAUCAUCAUGGGCGGAUGGGAAAAUCCAAUAGUGGCCAAAUUAUUAUCAAGAAUUUUAAAUAUGUACCUUAUUUCCGGAUUGGCGUUCCUGAUUUACGUUACUAGAAUGCCAGAACGGUUUUUCAAAGGUAAAUUAGAUUACAUAGGAUCAUCGCAUCAGUGGUGGCAUUUCCUGGUCGUAAUAGCGUUGUAUUACUGGCAUAAUACUGGUAUUUUGUACAUCGAGUACAGAAUGAACCACGGAUGUGUCAACGAUUUACGACUAUAAUAUUGAUUUUGCUCAAAGUGUACCUAUAUAUUGUUAUUUUAUAGUUAAAUUAUUUUUAAUAUUAAGUAAAUUACCUAUAUUAUAGCCUGUUUGUUAUUUUACGGUUCGUCGAGAUUUUUCUGUGAAAUAUUUCUUAUACUAUAUUAUAAAAUUCUAAUUCUAAUGUACAUAAACAAUUUUUAUUAAUAAAAUGGAAUCGAUUGAAUA